AGAGGUCUUAUGGAGUGCAGUGUCAAAGAGCUCACCCAUCUCGGAUGGGGCACUCGGUCAAAACGAGAGCUCAGCGAGCAGCGUUCCUUAGGCCGUGUCUGAUUCGUCUUUUCGUCCUUCUCCUUGGGUUGGUGUGACUCUUCUUUGCUCUCUGGCAGAGGGGAAUCCAGUUUGAGGGCGCGAGCUUCUCCUAUAGUUAAGGCCUCCUGAAUAGCUUUGAUUAUUUGACUUCAUUUGCAGAUGAAGGAGUGUCCUAAGAAUCAAUGCACUUUGAUUGAAUUCACAUGAAGGAAUAUCAAUAUUUUGGAAAGAAAUACGCUUUCGAUAUUUGGAGAGAUAAAGAGCACCAAGACGAUCUUCAAGAGAGACUUCUAGUAGCUCUAACAAAAGCAAGCCUGGUUCUUCGACACCGAGUGCUCACGGCAGACGCAAUGUUAAGGGAGUUAGAAGUUCUAUCAACAUCUAUUUGACUUUUCGCGGUACUAAAGAACGUAGGAAGAUUCAAUGUCAUGGAGAUAGAUGUAAGUAUGUUGACGUGCAAGAAAAAGCUCUAAAGUACACUACCUCACGGAUUUCGCUGCAAGGCGGCCGGCGUCAACGGUCCGCGACAACAGAGCUGGUGGAGGUCACUGUCGAAGCUGGUGACGAGUUGAGAGACGUUGUAGAACCUAGGAACGAUGCGGCUGGUGCGAGUGACGUCCCACGGAGGCCGAGACUGCGACUAGGAAUCGACUUUCAACAUUGGCGGUGGUCGAAGCGUGCACUAGUGGUGACCACGUCGGCUGCGGCUUCAUUUUUUUGUCUAGGUCCUUUGGUGCUGAAUCAUUAUUGGACCUUCUCUGCCCCUAGCACCUCUAGUCUGUACCCUCCCAUCCGCGCAAGAUGGAGGCGGCACUACUUCGAAACAGCCUACUCCUCGCACUGA